CAUUGUCCGUGCUAAAUAAAAUUAGUACGGUCACUGGAAGCUUAAAACAGAUGAAUGCAAAUAGCGUUAUUUUUAUUCAAAUUCAUUCGGAUUAUCACCGGCGAUCUUAAACUCCAAGAGGCUACUAAAAUUGGCCGUUAAACGACGGACAGGCCAUAACGCUGUACUGACAGAGGACGAGCAGGGCAAAUGUAUCAAGCGAGCUUUAAUAGUGGCCUCACAUCAAGACCCGGCUACGAGCGACCAGGGAUGAGUUCUUACCUGCCUAUUCGCCAGUGCGCCCCGAGGGGGGAUGAGAUCCACGCCGGUGAAAAUACAGGGUAUAUGGACCACUUUCUUAAUAUCCCGGAGAUAUGUCCCACUGGAAACUACAGGGCUCCUCGAUAUUAUAUGGGAUCAUAUGCUUCCGAAGCAUGUCGAAUGGAAGCACUCCAACAGCGAAAUCACGAACUGAGAAUGGGUCUUCAAACAAACCGAGCGUCGUUCUACCCAAACAUGAACGUACCAGGCAUGAGAUUCGGAGACCCGUGCGAUACCCAGGGAAAUUGUAAUCCCGCUCCGAGGGCAGACAGCUUGAGUCCUUGCUCAAAGUCCGGGAAUGGAACAACCGAGGGGGAGACGCCGUCAUUUUAUCCCUGGAUGUCAAUCGUAGGUCCCAACUCUAACCAAAGACGCAGAGGGCGACAAACAUACACGAGGUUCCAAACCCUAGAGCUUGAGAAAGAAUUUAAAUUCAACAGAUAUCUCACUCGAAGACGUCGUAUAGAGUUGUCGCAUAUGUUGUGUUUAACGGAAAGGCAGAUAAAAAUAUGGUUUCAGAAUCGGCGAAUGAAAGAAAAGAAAGAGUUACAGGCAAUUAAAGAACUGAACGAACAAAGUAGGGUUCACGAUAAAACAAAAGCAGAGGAAGCAGUUCCAACGAAAUCUACAAGCUCAUCGUCAUCAUGUGCUCAGAAUUCGAAUCAAUCACAUUCGCCCGAAAAUUCAGAAAGUUGAAAUAAUUUAUCUCCUUCGAUGUUUUUGUUGAACUAUCGGAGGCCGCCGGAAGUGGCGAUACCUCCACUACCUCCGCUAAUGAAUUGUGGGUAAAACCUUAAUGGAUGACACAAUGUUUGUGAACAAUGUCGUCUGUUCAUUAUGUUUAAAACUGACGUGAACAAUUGGCAACCAAGAACUAACACUACUCAACCAAAACCAUUCGGCGGUCAUGUUGUGUCCACGACGAAGCAAGUUUACGUGUCGUCUGUUCAAACAUUGCAUCAUCUGCAGUGGCGCAUUUCACACUCUUCUUAACGAAAACGAUAUCAUCCACAACAGCACCAACUACUUCGCCGUUAUAGCCUGAGUAAAUUACGACAUCGACAUUACUAUCGAUAACAUUUCCGUGUAACUGGUUACGUCAACGCAGCAUUAUUAAUCGGCAUAUCUUGUGCUGAUCGUCCCAUACGGAAAGACGUAGCUCCGAAGAAGAAAGAACCAGUUCGCCUGUUGCGAAGUAUCAGGUCGGAGCACGAGCAGAUAUGAAGACCGACACUAUCUUAAAAAGCAACCGUGAUCGUGAACAUUGUCGUCUGCUACAAUACCGCAGUGAAUGCAACAUCAGACGAGUAGUAACUGUCGUCUGCUGCCUUCAGUUUUGGCGGAAAAGCUUGUCAUUUUGGACGUGAUGUGUGUGUAUUGCGCAAAACAAUCAUCACAAUGAACUUGUAUUUGAAAUGGCAAGACCCACAUCUGAAUGGCAAGAACGUGUUUUCUCAAGAGCCAAAGCCGCUUCAUUGUUUCAUGUCUCAUCCACCUUUGUAGAAAAUCCGCCAUUUUGUGUCGACGCCAUCUUGAAUAUUAGGUCGUGUUCAGGGACUCACGUUUCACCACGUUUUAUUUUUGUUCUUUACAUAUGUUAGCUUAUUCUAAUUUUUGUUUCGUAUUUUUGUCAUAUUGUGAUUAUUGAUGUUCACGAACUCUCGCAAGAGUGCUCACCUAUAACGAGAAUCCAUGAGACUUCACGGUCUCGUGACCUUGACUUUGGUCAUAGGGUAUUUAUGUGUGAAGGAAAACUUCACGCAAGCCCGAAAACUUACAUGAGAUGACGAGAAUACAAUAUUAGUUUAUAGUUACCCAGUGAUUCAUAACUUAUCCUCAUCGUUUAUCGAUCUCUCGUUAUUUUUCACUCUUUGAAUGAGAUCUAACCGGCGGUUAGGAAACACACCCUGUACAUGCGAGAAAAAAAUGAUUAAGGUUUAAUGACGAGGAAUACGUGUAAAUGUUUAUUGUCUCAACGAGAAAGGAUCACUGGUAGAUUAUUGAAUAUUGUGUUAACAUAUGCUUGUGUUAUUCACGAUUGUGGUACCAAUAAUAGAGCUUGAUAGGCUUAUUGUGAUCUAACGAGAGGAAAAAUACAGGAGAUUGGAUUAAAAUCUACUCUCAUAUGAAACCAAAUAAUUUAUAGGUAGAUAUUAAGCAUGAUUUCUUUAAAAUGUCCAUAUUUACCAUUAGCAAUUUACGAUUUAGCAUAAAUUGAUAAAUUCUAAACAUGUGUACAUCGUAUGUAGUCGACGUCACAAAAUAUAUACACGUGCAAGUUUCCAAAUUAAAGUACAAAAAUCGACAAAGCUGCAUUCACAUCAAAUCAAAUUAAGACAGACAAAGAAACGGUUAGUAGCAAGUCAAAUAUUCUGCAAGAGCUAUAUAUCAAAACGUAAUUUUCCGAAAUAGUUUAUUCAUAUAACGAAAAUCAAAAUACAGCUUGUUAUUCCUAUACGUGUUUUCGUAAUUUUUAAGAUGUAUAAUUAGUAAUAUAUAUGUAUAGGUUUCCUGUCACGUCCGUAGCUUAAUACAUCCAUUAAGCUGGGUCGUUACUAUUGCCCCCAAAACAAAACAAUAUCAUCACCAGAGCAUGUUCUGAAUGAAAAUCUCUUUGUUCAAAACGGACGUAUCGGUAACUGCAACAUAGCACCUGCUUGUCCAUACAUUAUCAGACUUAAUCCUUUAUCAUGCGAUUGUCAAAACAUAUCUGCUGUUAUUUCAGAAACGUCGUGUCUUUGUGACGACAAUCACGGGCUGUCGCCACACUCAAAUGCGCAAAAUAUGUAUACGUGGUAAUUAUUUAUAGUUUAAUAAAUCGAAAGUCACAAUAACAUUGUGUUUAACGAAAUCAAAUAUUAAUACUCUGGAUCUGGAUAUCUUUUAUAGGCAUUAAGUGGCAUUCAUUCUAAGUACCGUUAUUUGAUAGAACAGGUAUAGAGAUAUAAAAGAGGAACGAUUUUAUCGAAACUAUGAGGUUUAUAGAAAAAUGGUAGUUUUUAUCGUCAUAUUUUCUGGUUAUCCAAGCGUCACUUAUAGUUGUUAUGACUGUAUUGUGUUUUUCAUUUACGAGAUAUUGAUAUAAACUAUUCUGUAAGAUUGUAAAGAUCUAUAUUGCAGCCUGAAUGUAACGAGAACAAUGUUGAUAUAGAUUUUUGUUUGAUAUUAAAUGUCUGAUCAAAUAUA